AUGGUUCCAAACAACUAUGAAACUGACUUGAUUCUCCCCAUUAUAGAGAAGGCAUCUGAAUUAGCAAAUGUUUCUUAUGGAAUUUCUGAUGAUCAGACCAAGAGAUAUCUGAAAAUUGUAGGAGAUCACAUGCGUGCAAUUGUGUUUCUCAUCUCUGAUGGCGUUAUCCCAUCAAAUGUUGGGAGAGGUUAUGUUGUUCGACGACUUAUCAGAAGGGUUGUUCACACAAGCAGAGCACCCCGUAUUCUUGAGGAGUUGAAGAGAGAAGAGCUUCGAUUUGUUCAGACGCUAGAAAGAGGAGAAAAGUUGCUUGAGGAGAAGCUCGCUGAUGCUAUAUCAAGUGCUGAAAGAAAUAGAACUGUACCUUGCUUGGCUGCUGUACGCAUAAGUGAAGGGAGUAAUGUAGAAAUAUUGCUGAACAAGACUCCAUUUUAUGCUGAAUCUGGAGGAAAAAUUGGAGAUCAUGGUUUUCCAUAUAUUUCAGAGGGUGAGAAUCAACCUAAAGCUGUUGUGGAGAUAAUUGAUGUACAAAAGUCUUUUGGUAAUAUAUUUGUUCACAAGGGCACAAUCAAUAAGGGUGUUGUAGAGAUUGGCAAACAAGUGGAGGCAGCAGUAAAUGUUAAGUUGAGGCAACGAGCUCAGGUUCAUCAUACUGCUACUCAUUUACUACAAGCUGCACUUAAAAAAGUUAUUGGUCGAGAGACCUCUCAAGCUGGUUCUUUGGUGGCUUUUGAUCGUCUCAGGUUUGAUUUCAACUUCCACCGUCCACUUCUUGACAACGAGCUUAUAGACAUUGAAUUGAUAAUAAACAGAUGGGUUGAGGAUGCGAUUCUCCUUCAGACCAAAGUGAUGCCCAUUGCUGAUGCAAAAAGAGAAGGAGCAAUUGCAAUGUUUGGAGAAAAGUAUGGUGAAGAGGUUGGAUUUACUAUAAACACUUUUGAUAUUUAA